UCCUCUGUCUGUGUGCGAAUGCACAGACGGUUCAGUAGUAAUUUGAUGUGUGUCCCCGGGGACAUUUGAUGGAUUAAAGCUAAGCAGCUCCAUUUCGCAGCACCACCUGAUCUUCCACUGCCUGUGCCCCAUAUAAAGGCUGGCGUGAUUGCUGAUCUCAGCUAGUCUGACAGUCUCUCUCCCUCCUCUCUCUGUCUGUCUCCAUCUCUUCUCUUCCUCACUGGUCCCUUAAGCCUGCUGCAUCACAGGAGCUAUCCAGUGCUGAACAGGAUCGCUUUUAUUUUUUAUUUUUUUAUUUUUCUGGGGGAAGCUGGGGGAGCCAGAGAGUAUCACACAGCAUUGCCGUCAGCCUUGUUAUCCACUGGUUUCCAUUUUCUUUCUUAUCUUAUGUUUUUGGCCGUUGUCUUCACAUUAAACGCAAGGAUUACCGUCAAGCCAGCUCUGCUCGUGUGCUUUCUCAGAGGGUCUUUCAUUUUUUUUCUCAUGCGUUUUUCUCAGCUCUGUGUUUUUAUCCAUUGAAACAUGCCCCGCUCAUUUUUGGUGAAGAAGAUCAAGCUUGAUGAUUUCUCUUCGGCCACUUCCAAUCAUCAUCACCACCACCUGGACGACUCGUUCACUUUUGCACGCUCCAUCACAGACUCGGUGACCAGCCUUGGGGUUCGUCUCAGCGAGAAUGGCUACAUCCAGGAUUACAUCACGCCAUCUGUGUACCAGGGGGAGAAGAAGAUGGAGCUGAAGCUGGCUUCGCCAGUGUCAGAUCCCCUCUACACCCAGGUGAGCAGCGGAGAGGAGUACUGUGACCCCGACCUGAAGCACCCCGACAGCCCCCAGUCUGGCAUGACAGCCAGCGGCUUCUACAGUGGUGAGUCGGAGGCCCUGGCCGAGGGUUACACCAUGGAUGCCUUCUUCAUCUCUGACGGGCGCUCAAGGCGAAAGGGAGACACCGAGAGUCGUGGAGGGGGCUCGAGAAGCAGCAGUGCCAACGGUGGGGCUCAGGAGAGGGGAGCUGGCACGGCACGCCACUCCUGCAACGAGUGCGGCAAGACAUACGCCACCUCCUCCAACCUCAGCAGACACAAGCAGACGCACCGCAGCCUUGACAGCAAGAUGGCCCGCAAGUGUCCCACGUGUAACAAAGUGUACGUGUCCAUGCCAGCGUUGGCCAUGCACAUCCUCACCCACGACCUCAAGCACAAGUGCGACGUGUGCAGCAAGGCCUUCAGUCGGCCAUGGCUCCUUCAAGGCCACAUGCGCUCACACACGGGGGAGAAGCCCUUUGCCUGCGCACACUGUGGCAAAGCCUUUGCUGACCGUUCAAACCUCCGCGCCCACAUGCAAACACACUCUGCCUUCAAGCACUACAGAUGCAAGCGCUGCAAUAAGACCUUCGCUCUCAAGUCCUACCUGAACAAGCACUAUGAGUCAGCUUGCUUCAAGGGCUCUGCGGACGAAGACGACUCUGGAUCAGAAAACUAACCACGAAGAAGAAGCUAAAUUUUGAACCCCUGUUGUAGGUUCACAACCAAUAACCCUGUUCACUCUGCCCUCCAUGCCUUUUUUCUUCCCUUUUUUUAGAAAGCAAUAUUUUCACUGAGAUUACGUGAAGAAACUCUAAUGAUUAUGGCAAAGACAAUUUCAAAAGAUGCUGGAUUUUUUCCCCUGCACAGUAGCUAAUCGUCCACAGAAACAUACAAUCAAACAACCUUCCCCCAAAUAGAGACUGUAGAUGAUAGUUGUACACAAUUAAGCAGCAUGUGCUCACACGGACGUGAGCACAUGUAAACACACAUACACUCACACGGACAUGUAUGCAAAUACACACACACACACACACACACACACACACACACAAAUGUACGCACGUAUGCACAUACACACAGAGGCACACACACACACACACACACACACACACACAAUUAUAUAUGAGGCCUGGCAUGUGAAUUUUUAUCAAUGACUAUAAUGAUAUUGAUAUCAAUAGUAAUAAUAUUUAGAUUCCUGAUAUUUUAUAGCAAAUAGCAAUGAGAAAAUGAAAAAAAAAAAAACGUAAAAAAGGACUAACAGUGUUCUUUUGUUUUUUAGAGACAAAAUGACCUCUUGUAUUUUUAUGCUGCUUUUUAUUUGCUAAGAAUUGAAUUCUUUUGCAACUGCCAACAUGAACUUUUUAUGAAAAUGUGAACUAUGACAGUAUUUGCAAAAAAAAGGGAGAUCAUUUUAAAAAGGUAAAAAGACAAACCCCUUUUUUCCACACCAAUGUUUCAAUUCAACGGAUGUUAUUUUUCUAUUUGAUUUUUCUAAAUUUAUUUUUUUGUGCUUAUUAUCCCUUGUUGAUCUAACGCAUCUUUGUAACUGUGGGUAUUCAAAAAAAAAUUUGAAUAAGCUAUACACGAUCAUAGGCCAUAGGUCAUUCAAUUCAUAUCUGCAAGAGCAGUGGUUUUAAAACAGGCCUGUUGAACAGGUUAUCACACAUCAAAUUCAUAGUCUCACCCUGAUGUACAGACUUGGACAAAAACACUGGGAGCCAGACCAAAUGAUCUAUUGUUAUAAGUGCCAUGUGCAGUUGACUUGUCUAUAGCAAUGAAAACUCUCGUUGUUCUUCCUCCACCACGGUGGCUUGCAUAAACUCUGCUGCCUUUAUGGUGAAUCGUCCAGUCUUAAAGAGCAAUCUUCACCCAGUGUUUGAGGUGCUCCCCCUUGCCAGUGUUACCUCAGAGUGAAGGUAUGGACUAACACACCCUCAGUUACAAAGUGACAGUCAAAUUAUUCUGUUUGUCUGUUUUAUAUGUCGCUCCAGGCUCCGCCCACGGUUUAGAUGCAUACCAUCUAUUUAUCAUGUAAAUACUUUAUUUAUCUACCUAUUUACCUAUUUAUUAAUUUAUUCACCUUAUUUUGUGUAUUUAUUGAAGACUUGCUUAUCUGUUAAUUACCAUGUAUUUAUUUAUUUAUUGUUUAUAAUUUAAAAAAAUGAACAUCCAUUGACCUUGUAAGAUGCUGCUGAUCUUCAAAGAAAAUGUUUAUAUGCAUGAAAACUGUAGAGAGUCCAUUGGACUUAGUUUUUUAAAGAGGAACAAUGUACAGUACCAGUGUUAGGAGACUUCAAACGAAUGAAUGCAGAAUUGUUUCCGUGGCAAUAACUUUACUGACACAGCAACUGACAUGUAUAACAAUCACAGCUGUCCUGUUUUCAGUCGAUUUAGGGCAAUAAAAAGAAACGAUGAAAACAAAAAUCUAAAAUAUUCUCCAUCUUGCUGUUUUCCCAAUAGUCCAGCUGCCUCCUCAUGACUGGAGAUGUUUGGCCCUUUUUGUCUUUAAAUCUCAGGCAACAAAUAAGUCCCAGAAAUGGCCGACGGUGAUGCGCAUGUACACAUCGCUAUGAAAAUGUAACACUAUCGGUUAUAUAAUAAUUGUAGGUGUAAUCUAGUUACACCAAGAUUUCAAAGGUGCAAAAGCAAUAAUGAUAGUGAUGCAGUGACAAUGAGCAACAUUCAAUCCUAUAUGCAGCGAGUCCAAAACUGCUACAGGUGUUCAUUUGACUGGAAAAGGCUGCUAUUCUAUAAUAGUAUUAUAGUAUUAUUAUUAUUUUAACUUGUCUCUUGUUUUAAAAAGAAACCAGGUAAAAACAAAUCUCUUCCGGCAGCUGAAAGGCAGGUGUGAUUUGACUGAAAUGCUAGAAGGUUACACAACAAUCAUUCUAAUAAAUUUAGGCCACUGACAUAAUAAAGAAUUCAAAUCAGUUAAGUAAACAGUCACUUUUAUUCUGUGCAGUUAAAAAAAAGCUAAGAACAUCUCUGAGGUGUCAAAAGACAGAAUGGAUGGAGGUAUAUACACGUCCUAACCAGCACUGAUGGAAAUUAUCUUGACGUGAACUGUCUUGGUAGAGAGAGUUUUUUAAAGAUUGUUGUAAUAAAGCUGUAGCGCUGUAAUGCACUUCUAACUCCCCCAUCAUUUGUCCAUGCCUCUUGUCGCUUCCCCUCCCCAACCAGCCGUCCUCAUCCCAUCCCAACUGCCUCUAAACAGACGCACCGAGGAUGAGAUGUGUUGAAGUGGGAUUGGCGGAGGGUGGCAGAGUGUGGGAGGAUAACAGGUGUUUGCAGACAGACUGCAGAUAGGGAGCGUAAUUGAGUCGGUGAGAGACCUCCAAAGGGAAGGUCAAGCACCAGCAGGCAAAUGCACUGUCAGCUAUUUGCAUAUUCCAAAUGGAUGACACCAUCGCAGUAAUGCUGAGCUCGCCCUAAAAAACAAAACAAAACACAAAACUGAGGAGAAAAGAGAGGAAAGAGGAGUUUCUGCUCCAUUUGUCCGCCCUCUCCUCCCUGCUUCACCAUCAUCCUGUCAAUGGUCGUCUAAGUGCUACAGCUGAAUCACUGCAUGAGAGCAUCCAAACCACCUGUCUCCUGAUUAACUUGCAGAACACACAGUUUGGCACGUCGCCGUAUUACUGAACUAAUGCAGAAUUCACUACUUCCUAUAGAUUUUUUAUUUUUUUAUAUGUUUCAUGUUUUACUGUAGGACAGAGAUAUAACGCAUCUCCAAAACCUGGGGACGGCUUUUUAAUGAGGCAGAUAAAAGCAUUGAGAUCAUUAAAAACAUCAAUUGGAAAUGUACUGUAGGCUUGUAUCUAAAACUGGCAGCAUUACAGAUCGUCCUGAGAGAAAAUAUGAAUUGAGAGAAAGGGAGGCACAAUUGGAUUCUAAACUUCUGGAUUUAGAUGUAGGGAAACAUUGUUCCUCUUUGAUGAUUUUUGUAAAUAUAUUUGUAAAUAUAUCACAGCAAUAAUAUGACAAUGCAUGUAGACAUUUAAUUGCUCUUUUUCUAUUCAUGUUGUCUUUUUUUUUUUUUAUUAAAAAGAAGACAAAUACAGGUACCAAUUGCAGUCUGGGUGGCCAUGUGAAUCAGGGAGUGUCUUGAUUAAAAAGCUAUCUGUUGUAAGUUACAGACAAAGCAACUUCAAACUCUGUGUAUUCUCAAAGAUUUGAUCAUGUUCUGUAUGAUUUUUCUGUUCUUGUUUUCUUUUAUUUACGUGCCCGGCUUGGCUGCGCAAUGAAAAAGUGCCAAAAAGUAUGAUUUCCAUAACAAAAGCCUUCAACAUAUGGUUGGCUGCUUGAAACCUUCCAUAUGGUCCUCAAAGAAAAAAAAAACUGAUUAAGAUUUUCCUCUCUCUCUCUCUCUCUCUCUCUCUCUCUCUCUCUCUCUCUCUCUCUCUCUCUCUCUCUCUCUCUCUCUCUCUCUCUCUCUCCCAGCUGAGUAUGAAGAAACUUAAGCCAUGAUUGCUGAGGGGUGUUUUCAUUUAUCUUGUUCUGCUACAAUUAACAAUGAUGACAACAAUAGCAAUGAUAACGUUAAUAAAAACAAUAGCACAAGGAA